AAAGAAGAAGUACUUCGUAUACACAACGCUGUAAAGGCAGCUGAAGAAAUGGAUACAAAUUGUUUGUUUGUUUUAAAGCUUUGAAUGAAAUUUGGUUCUAUCUUUAUGAACAAUUGUUGGUAUCGACGUUGUUGUCUUUACAUUUAAGUUAAUCUAACACUCGUGAGAGUUUUAGUUAACGUUAGCCUCAGGUUAGUCUGCUAUCUGCAGAGUAACAAUAUCUUUGCAAGAUAAAUGUCUGUUAGACGCGCUCUGGUAGAUUGUGUUGUGUUAUCUCUGCAAGAUGCCUGUGUGGUUUAUCCGUGCUGCAAAGGCUGCUUCUCCAGGAUUUAUGUUGAACAGCAGGACACGACAAGAUGCAGAUGCUCCAAGUGUGGUUACAGCUGUCCAAGGGAACAGGUUGAGCACAGAUACCGCCUCUCACUGAGGGUGGCCCGGGAAAGAUGCAUAUUUGGAGUAACAGUUUUUGGAACCUGCUUGAAUGUAUUCUUUGGCCUUCCUGCAAGUGGUUUACAGAGGUUGGUGGAAAACUCGGAGGGACCAGCUGGAGCAUCAGCCAGAUCCACAUUUUUGGUGAAAGCUGUCGAGGACUGUUUCAUUGGCAGACAUUUCGUCUUUGGUAUAAAGGUAACCGAAACAGAAAGAAGGCCUUGGUUAGGAGGGGCUGUUGUGAAUGGCUCCAGCAGUAAAAACACAGUCCAGUUUAUUGCCAGUCAGAUGAUUCUCCCCAAAGCUACAGGCCUGGAAGGCUGCACAGUGGUCAGUUAUUAUCGAAUCCUUCUUCAGAAAGCUGCAGAACGUGAGCUGGGAUCCUCCAGACCCCCAGCAGCAAACCUGCUGCUGAUUCCACGUCUUUCUCCAGCCGGCAGUUUCAGUAAUGCCUCACUUUGUGCUUCAGGUCUUCUUUCCCAAUCACUGCAAAGAUCACAGUACCAAGACUGCUCUCUAACUCCCACUCCUCCAUGGCAACAAUCACUAGGUCUAGUUACUUCAUCAGCAGAGCAGGAAGAAAGCUAUUGUACCCAGGACAUUGGAGAUGAGAACAGCCGACCGACAGACAACAACAGAACACCACAUCCUACGCAGAGAGGCUGUCUGGAGAACCAUAAAGGCACAGACGAGACAGAGCUGUCACCUCUUCUUUCUUUAGAGUGCAGUUCUAACAAUAGUCAGUCAUUAGCCAAAUACCCAUACUCAUCUGUUGAGAAAGCUGUUGGAAACACCUCCAUCCUGAAGAGUUGGUUUAGUACCUCCUCGCCUGGCCACAGCUGCUCCAAGGCAAAGGGGUUUUCUUCCAGGCAACACCCAGACGCAUGUUUGUCAAGCUCCUUGGCUUGGGAGGAUUUGCCUUUUUCUGAGAGUCUGACAGAGUUUUUGUGUGAGGAAAACCAAGAUGUCGCUUGUCAAACAGAGCCGCAUAUCAAUUUGCAAAAUCACAAAAAAACAGCGAGGAACAACCUUGAAGUCAGAUCACAAGACAAGAACUUACAACUAAAAUCAGCUUCUGUUUGUGAAGGUAACACAGAGAUAACCGAUAGCCACUCACAAAUAUUAUUGGACAUCACAAAUACACCUGCAGUGAAUGAAGGUGACAGACAUGGUUUAUCUGAGCAGGUAUGUGAGAGCACUGUUGGAUGUGUAAGUCCAGCCAGAAACAUUUCUUCUCACAAGUAUAAUCAGGGAGAUGAGAAAGCUAGUUCUCUGUCUUUUGAUAACGAAGAAGAGCAGCUUGAAGGGGAUACCUACAAUUGUUCAGCAGAUCUAUUCAGCAGCUCACUGCAGGUCGAUAUGAACACAAACACGCUCGACUUGCAUGCGGAAAGUGUCAGGAUGACCACAGAUGCUUGCUCACUACUUUCCAUGCCAGACAAACCGCACGUGAGGAGUGAAACGUCUAAUGUUCCACAUUCAACUCCAGACACACACAAACUAAAAAGUAAUAAAUUCAAUAACAGAGAGAGUUUAAUUCCACCAGGCACACACGAUCUUGACUUCAUCCCUCCCAUUCAGUCCACCCCCAUUGUAAAAGUGGCUGUUGCCGCCUCAUACAGAACAUUGACAGUAGGUGAAUUCAUUUCACAAGCUGACAGUCGAGAUUCUUUAGCUUUUUCCAGAAGUCUGACUGAAUUGGACAGUAAAAAGCCAGCCAAAAUCACCUCCUCUCUUUGCAAAUUAAAUUACGUCAGUGCUAACCGGCUGCCUCAACGUGGCAGAAAGUCUACGAAAGAAAGCAGACACAGCCACGGAUUUACCCUGAAAAGGAGGUUCUGCAAACCAGACAAGCAUAAAAACCAUCUGCUGACUCAGCACCACCUGAGGACCCAGAGAGACGUUCAAGUGACAGGGUCAACAGGAAGGACAGACCACAAAAGUGAUUGUGAUGUGACUGUGUAUGAUUGGGAGGACAGUGAAGUCAUUAUUGUUCCUCCUACUCCAGCUGCUAAAACAGGACAGAGUCAGAAGCACAGAAGAAUGCAGACUGAGAUCAGCAGCAGUAAUUUGGGUUGUACUUGGGAAGGAAAGCGGGGAGAUGGAGUUAAUUCUAAAAGAUCUCUGUUGGAUCAAACUCUCACAUCAUCACAGAGAGAUCCGGCACAAACAGGAAAUUGUGACAGUGAGAUUGAUGAGGGGAGUCUGAAUGGAUCUAAUUGUUACCUCCUUGAUGAUCAGAACGAGGCAUGUGACUGGUCUAGAGAUCUGUUCUCUGACUCAGUAUGAGAGGUGCUGUUGCAGAUGGACUUCACAAAUGAUUUAACGUUUUUAUUUCUUUUAUUUUUAUGUAUUUCAGGCUGGCAUCCAAAGUUAUGAUAGAGCUGCUUUUGUGUUGAAAGAGUCUUAUUGCUGCUACUACUAGCAGUACUGUUGCUGGUAUUCCAACUCUGCUGAAGGAUCCAAGAAUAAAGCACAUUUAUUAAAUACUAAAGAUAGCAAAGGCACUAAAGGAGAAGGCUUUCUUUCCCUGUCUUUUGUUAGUUGCACUGUAUGUCUAAAAAAUUAAUAAUUUGUGUGUUCUGCUGCCUUGCUCACCCCUUGCUGAAAAAUGCACAAAAUCAAGCAUACAGCCAUGCGAUCUCCUUUGGCAAACAUUUGCAGCACUAAAGAUCCCAGCAUGCAGCUUCAGCUCCUAACCUCACUGGUGAUCUUGUAGCUGAGUGGGAGCACAUCACUGCAGUCAGAUUCCUAAAUCUUGUGGAAACCUUCCCAAAGCAGUGAAUGCUCUUGAGAGCAGCAAUGGUGGGGCAACUUAAUAACUACCUUAUUAAUUCUUAUGGCUUUGGAAUGUGGUUUUCAAAGGUCACACGUGGGUGUAAUGUUUGGAUAGCGACAUGUUUUAGAGAUUUAUUUUUAAAGAGGUGGUGUGCUUUUUGGCUUUUCCCUCUCCUUUAUUGAGUUAUAUACCUUUUUUGUGCAUGUAAUAGGUUUGCAAGGUGAAAAAGCCCAAGGUCCAGUCCAAAGGGAGUUCCCAUUUCCCACAGAAAACACUGCUCUGAACAGCUCGAGACAAGUAUCACUCCAUAGCUAAAACGAAGCCUUCAACACACAGGGUGAAAAGAGGAGCUGGAGCAAUAUGCAGUAUGAGGACAAAUAUGAUGUUUUUUGAAAAUUUAACCAUAUAAACGUGUUCUGGUACAACCCCUAAAUAGGAUUUUGAACCUGAAAAUGAGCAUAAUACCACAUAUUUAAAGGAAGAAUCUUCAAUACAGGCUACUUUUAAAUAAUAAAUUUGAAACAUAUACACUUUUCGACGUUCAGGUGUGUAAUCUUUACCUUGUCUGAGGUAUUUGGUGUUCUUUCCGCUGCUGCACCUGUAUUGUCAUUGCUGGCAUCAUGUACUCAUAACCCUGUCUGAAUGCUCUUUAAGGGAAGUGACAAUGAAAUGAUAAUAUAUGUGUGAUUGGGUGGGUAUCCAGUAAAUUAACUGCUGCUUUUUUGGUUUGCAUUUUAGUCUUCAUUGAUUAAAAAAUAGAGACAGACAGAAAUUACCAAUUGAGAGGAAGGUGUGUGAGUCCCCAGCUGGAAUAGAACCAGGGACGCUUUUCAGUAUAUGGUUUAACUGAGAACCACAAGGCUAAUUUUAAUCACUCUACUCCCUGGUACUUCUGUUGGCAGCUGAGUCCUUAAGUUGAUGUGCUGUUCUGCUGCUACUGUGUGUUUUUGCAGCGGUGUUAAUGUAGGUCUGAGCGUGUGCAGUGUUAUGCCAAAAAGCUAAGAAUAGCAGCCACCACAUUUCAAGACUACAAUGUUCUGGAUGUGCCAGUAAAAGAGAGAGAAGAGAGCAAGAUGAAGAUGAUGUUACAUGUGUAAAAAGGGAACUGGGACAAGAAGGAUGAAGCUGUAGCUUGGUACUUCAUGUGUUGCAGAAGCAGGGUUGGUAUGUCCAUAUUCAGAUGGCAUGACAUCUGUCUGUGUGGAUAGUAGCGCAUAUUAUUUGGCUGAUCUGUAUUAUUUGAAGUGCCAUGUACAUUUUGGCAUUGUACAUCCUGGGAGAAUUCCUGAGGUACACAUGAAGACUAUUUUGCCAUGAUAUGUGUUAUAUAGGUCAAACGAGUUUGAUUUUCUUUACAGUGAGCAUCACAACCCCACAGAGGCACUAGCAUAGCUGUAGACUCUUAAUCCUGUUUAUCUCCUGUUAACUUUACUAAAUUGGGAGCUUAAACAAAACUCAGUAUAUUUGUAAGCUACUGAGCUAUGUUAACCAGCAAAUAUUCCUCAAUAUGAUGCAAUUUUACAAAACAAGUUUGAUGUCUGUGUGUUGUGUUCUUGCAGUGCUUCUGCUGGUAGAGACACUCCUGUUGAGUGCUGUUGAAUUUACGUGUGUUUGUGUAAAAAAGAAGACCCUGCCCUUUGUGCUAGAAGGUCUAUGGGAGUACAGAACAACUUCAGACAUUGAUAUGCAGUCUUUAUGAUAUUUGAUUUGUGCCAGUGAAUUUUGGCUUCAGUUGCUUCAAUAAUAAAUAACUGUCAGUAAAUAUAA